AAAGAAAAGAAGAAACAUCAAGAGAGCUAGGCAAUCGGAGGAAGAAGCGACGGAAGCGCUCUCGAUCUGAGCGUUCUCUGGUACCUUGGCGGCAGUCUUGGUCGGGUCGGGCUUGGGCUGGACGGCCUGGUGCAGGGACUGGACGUACUUCUGGACGUUCUUGCUCUUGUUCUUGUUCUUGAGCCCGAAGGUCUUGUCCUCCACGACCUUCUGCUUCUUCGCCAGCUCCGCCUUCGACGGGGCGGCCUUCUUCGGCGGCAUCCUGCCCCGCGGCUCCGAUUCCCGCUGUCGCGAAGGCCGGGUUGGGUUCGGGAGCGGGCGGCGGGAGGAGGAAGCGGCGGCGAGGGGAGGAGAGGAGGGUUUCGUGGGUUUGGGGGCUGCUUGUGAGGAAGGGGAUGGCGGAGGCGAGGAGGAAGUUUCUAGAGAUGGUGGAGGUCACGUGGCGAUGUGAGGAAGCGGGGGUAUCCUGGUAAGGGAUUUGGGCCUUCGGAGGAGAGGAGUAUUACCGUGGUGUUUCUCCACUUAAAAAAAAAUCCUUCACUCAGUAUCACAACCGUUGGUUCCCUAGAGAGGCACGGAUCGCAAAGCAGGAACCAGCACGGCCAAACCCUAGACUGCAAAGCCGCCGCAUAUAAAUUUUCGUCGCCUCCCCUGUUCUCCCCUCUCUUGCAGCCGCCGCCGCUCCCAGCCCGUGCUCCGCUCCUCCUCGCCGCCGCCGCCGCCGCACCUCCGCCGCGAAAGCGCUUCGGAACACUUCCGUCAACAUGGGGAAGACACGUGGUAUGGGAGCUGGGCGCAAGCUCAAGACCCACCGCAGGAACCAGAGGUGGGCUGACAAAGCAUACAAGAAGAGCCAUUUGGGCAAUGAGUGGAAGAAACCCUUUGCUGGGUCAUCUCAUGCCAAGGGCAUCGUUCUGGAGAAGAUUGGUAUUGAGGCCAAACAGCCGAACUCUGCUAUCCGUAAGUGUGCUCGUGUUCAGCUUGUGAAGAAUGGCAAGAAGAUUGCUGCUUUCGUGCCAAAUGAUGGUUGCUUGAACUAUAUCGAGGAAAAUGACGAGGUGUUGAUUGCUGGAUUUGGUCGGAAGGGUCACGCCGUGGGAGAUAUUCCCGGUGUACGAUUCAAGGUCGUCAAGGUCUCGGGUGUGUCUCUGCUUGCCCUUUUCAAGGAGAAGAAGGAGAAGCCAAGGUCUUAAAUUGCUCUCGACACUAUCAGCAAGCAUGGAGUAGAAAAUUUGAAGGCUUUAGAUGUUUAAGAAUGGCUGCUUGCUAUGUUUACAGCGCACUCUUGCUGUUGUUAACCUAAGAUUCUAUUGGUGAAAACUUCCCGUCAGACUUUUCUUCUGUUAAGAGAAUAGUACUAUCAUGAGUUUUGUUCACCGAGAAUGUUUAGUCCCCUUGCCUUUUUUGGGCAGAAUCAUAUCUGGUUUUUGCGAUUCAUGUCUGAUUAUUUUUCA